UGUAAAGUUUCUGAUCCAAACCGAGUUUAAUAAAUUCCUCUGCGGUGCCUGUUAUAUGUAUACCAACCAGCACAUACCAAUCUUCCGAGGAGUCACAAAUGGAUCUUUUUCAUUCAUUUUCAUCACUUUCACCCAUUUUUGCUUUGCCCAUCUUUCUUUACGCACUUGUAUGGAUAUUAAAAACUAGUUUAAAGAGCAUAACCCAAAAGAGAGGCACCAGAAGCUGGAUAUUCAUGGCCUGUAAUCGGCCAUCUUCAUCUCCUAAGAGGACCCAAACCACCGCACAUAAUCCUAAGCGACAUGGCUGAGAAAUGCGGUCCUAUCUUCACCAUCAAGAUGGGUGUUCAUAGAGCUUUGAUUGUCAGUGAUCACAAAACUGCUAAAGAGUGUUUAACCAUAAACGACAAAGCCUUUGCCAGUCGUCCAUCCUCGCUUGCCAUGGAGUACUUGAGUUACAAUCAUGCCAUGUUUGGGUUCGCCCCUUACGGAAAUCACUGGCGUCAAAUGCGUAAACUUGCCACUCUUGAGCUCCUCUCCACCCACCGCCUCGAACAACUCAGACAUAUCCAAGAAUCCGAGAUCAAAAUAUCACUAAAAGAGUUAUAUCAGUUUUGGGAGGAGAAGAAAGAUGGAUCCGAUACCGUUUUGGUUGAGAUGAAGAAAUGGUUUAAGAGUGCAACUCUGAACGUGAUUCUAAGGAUGAUAGUAGGGAAACGGAUUCCAAGUUCGAGUAACGAUGCGGAGAGUGAAAAAUGGAAAACAGCGUUGAAGGAGUUCUUUGAUUUGAGUGGGAAAUUUGUGAUAUCCGAUGCGUUGCCUUAUUUAAGAUGGUUCGACAUCGGAGGGGACGAGCGGUUGAUGAAAAAAGUAAGAAAAGAGCUAGUCGAAAUCGCCGAGGGAUGGUUAAAAGAUCAUAAGGGGAAGCGAUCAUCAGAUAAACUAAACAACAGGAAUGAUGAUUUCAUGGAUGUUAUGCUUUCAAUCGCCACUGAUACUGAGAAACAUGAUGCCGAUACCAUCAACAAAGCCACCUGCUUGGCUUUGAUCUUAGCAGCUUCGGAUACAACAAUGGUGACACUGACAUGGGCUUUGUCUUUACUUCUCAACAACAAGGAUGAACUGAGAAAAUUACAAGAAGAACUAGACAUCCAUUUAAGAAAAGACAAUCUGGUUGAAGAAUCAGAUAUGAAGAACUUAGUCUAUCUUAAAGCAAUCAUCAAAGAAACUUUGCGCUUAUAUCCCGCUGCACCACUUUUGGUGCCCCAUGAAUCCAUGGAAGACUGCACUGUUAGUGGCUACCACAUUCCUGCAGGGACCCGACUGUUUAUAAAUGUUUAUAAACUUCAACGCGACCAACGAGUGUGGUCAGACCCUUGUGAAUUUCGGCCCCAAAGGUUCCUGACAGCCCACAGAGAUAUAGAUGUUAGAGGGAAGAAUUUCGAGCUGAUUCCGUUUGGAAGUGGGCGAAGAAUGUGCCCCGGAGUUUCAUUUGGGAUUCAAAUAUUGGAACUCGUACUGGCAAGUGUGGUGCAGGGGUUUGAGUUGAAGACUCCAUUGGAAGAAGCAGUGGAUAUGAGUGAAGCUAUAGGAAUGACAAACUCGAAAGCCACUCCACUUCAACUUCUCGUAACUCCACGCCUUCCUUCUUAUUGCUAUUAGAGCUUUUAUAACGAUUUGGAAAGUGUUGAACCUUCUGCAUUAUUUACUCCAUCUACUAUA